CUAAACCAAGACGCCCCCAACCCUUCCCCGUCAUCCAUAAGUCACCUCCGGCGGCGGCGGCCGCGUCUGCUACACCUUCUCCACCGGCAGGUCAGCUCAGGAAGAGACCUUCUCCCAGUUCUGCAGUUGGACAGAGCAAAAAGCCAUCUGGAAAGGCUCCCCUGCCCACGAAUCACCUCCCAGACGAUGAUCCCAAAGAUACCCUUCGGUGUGAGGCUUUAGAUGGUAAACCCAUGGUUUCAGAAUUUGUGGUACAGUACUACGCACAGAAGUAUGGUCAGUCUCUCUUCCUGGAUCCAAAUAAGAAAGGCGGCUAUGUUGAUGUGAGAUUUGCAGACCAUGAUCAAGCACUAUUAGUUGUAGAACGACGUGAGGAGUAUCCAUUCAAAGUGACUUGGACACGUACCGUUGAUAGAUCGCAGAUGAUUAAUGACCAGCCUCAAGUUCCAUGUUAUCCAUCUUACUGUCAUUUGCUAUGCAGAAAUGUGUGUAGAUGCAUAGACUACUAUAUUGGGUUGGCUUCUAUUGUGAUUUGCUAUGCAGAAAUGUGUGUAGAUGCAUAGACUACUAUAUUCGGUUGGCUUCUAUUGUAAUUUGCUAUGCAGAAAUGUGUGUAGAUGCAUAGACUACUCUCAGCCCUCCUAUGAAAAAAGGGUUGUCUUUGUAGUUUCCCUCUUCUCUCCCACUAGCGGUGCAUGCGGUGGUUUAACCUUCCUUUUGGUUUGGACCUGAGAGUAGGAGUUGGACGU